UAAUAUAUAUCAAAGAUCGGCUGUCUUUAUGAUUUGUCUUAGGCAAAUGAUUCAUGGCACCUUCCUCAGAGGCCUAUGCACUGGCAGGCAGUUUCACUACCUGUCCUGUGGCUUUUACGGUGUCAUUCUGGAAAUCGUUUGAGAAAGAGUGAUUUCUAAAGGAAAUGAUCUCCUCCUCUCCAUUGAUGCCGCACACGCACGGUGUUUCGCCAAUGGGUUCUGCCGGACGGAGCGCCGCUAUGGCAUAGUGCGGAUCGGUCUGUACGCGGACCGGGGAGGCUUCUAAGCUAUUUCCUAUCCAAUAAUCUAUCAGGGCGAUUAGCUAUUUGGCAACCGGCUGACUCUGGAGACACGGGUCCCUCCAAAUCCGAGUGCAGAAAGACAAUGAAGGUGUAACGCUCCCGGGAUCCUGUUGACUGUGAGGCCCGCUCGCCGGCCGGUAAGGACCCUCCCCGUCCGCACCCCUAGCUCCUCCAAAGGCUCCGCCCCCUCUGCCACCAUGUCGACGCCCAGUGGCAGCCCGGAGAGAGACCGCCCCUCCUCCCCCGCCGGUCUGGACCCCGACCCGCCCUCCACGGGGAGCCCCCUGCUCAGCCCGGACUCCUCCUCCCAUGAUGCAGCGCUGUCGGCGCCCGCCGUGUCCCCCGCCGACUCGGAGAGCCUGAGUCCCGACGAGCUGGAGCUGCUGGCCAAGCUGGAGGAGCAGAACAGGCUGCUGGAGGCCGACUCCAAGUCCAUGCGCUCCAUGAGCGGCUCGCGGAGGAACAGCGGCUCCUCGCUGGUGUCAAGCUCCUCGGCCUCCUCCAACCUGUCCCACCUGGAGGAGGACACCUGGAUUCUCUGGGGACGCAUCGUCAACGAGUGGGAGGAAUGGAGACGCAAGAAGGACAAGCUACUCAAGGAGCUGAUCAGAAAGGGCAUUCCCCAUCAUUUCAGGGCCAUUGUCUGGCAGUUGCUAGGCAACGCCACUGACAUGCCCGUGAAGAACCAGUACUCGGAGCUGCUAAAGAUGUCGUCGCCGUGCGAGAAGCUCAUCCGCCGGGACAUUGCCCGCACCUACCCAGAGCACGAGUUCUUCAAGGGCCAGGACAGCCUGGGCCAGGAGGUCUUGUUCAACGUCAUGAAGGCCUACUCCCUGGUGGACCGAGAAGUGGGAUACUGCCAGGGGAGUGCGUUCAUCGUGGGCCUGCUGCUCAUGCAGAUGCCAGAGGAAGAGGCGUUCUGUGUGUUUGUGCGUCUGAUGCAGGAGUAUCGCCUCAGGGAGCUGUUCAAACCCAGCAUGGCCGAGCUGGGUCUCUGCAUCUACCAGUUUGAGUAUCUGCUGCAGGAGCAGCUUCCGGAGCUCAACGUCCACUUCCGCUCCCAGAGUUUCCACACCUCCAUGUACGCCUCCUCCUGGUUCCUCACCCUCUUCCUCACCUUCCUCCCCCUGCCCAUCGCCACGCGCAUCUUCGACAUCUUCAUGUACGAGGGCCUGGAGAUCAUCUUCCGCGUGGGGAUGGCCAUCCUCCAGUACAACCAGACCGACUUGAUCCAGCUGGACAUGGAGGGCAUGUCCCAGCACUUCCAGAAGGUGAUUCCCCACCAGUUUGACAGCUGUCCAGAUAAACUAAUCCUGCGGGCCUAUCAGGUCAAAUACAAUCCCAAGAGGAUGAAAAAACUUGAGAAGGAGUACACCGCGAUCAAAAACAAGGAGAUGGAAGAACAGAUUGAGAUCAAGAGGUUACGCACAGAGAACCGACUCCUGAAGCAGAGGAUCGAGACCCUGGAGAAGGAGAGUGCUGCUCUGGCAGACAGACUCAUACAGGGUCAGGUGACGCGGGCGCAGGAGGCGGAGGAGAACUAUGUGAUCAAGCGGGAGCUGGCUGUGGUGCGGCAGCAGUGCAGCGUGGCCAGCGACAGCCUGGAGAAAGCGCAGGACACCAUCAGAGAGCUGCAGCAGCAGAAGUACACGGAGGAGUUUGUGACCGGUGUGCAGACCCAGCUGGAGCAGUCCAGACUACAGGAGGCCGAGCUGCUGGGAGCUCUGAAGGAGAUGCAGGACAAAGUUUUGGACCUGGAGAAGAGGAACAACUGUCUCCCAGAUGAGAACAACAUGGCUGCGGUGCAGGAGGAGCUGAGGCAGGCAAAGCUCAGGGAGCUGGAGACUCUGAGGACCUUCAGAGAGCUGCAGGACACUGUGACCGACCUCAACCAACGCUGGCAGAGCCACAUGUCCCGGGGCAACGGGGGCGGGGGUGGGGGGGGGAACUGGAAGGAGUCCCCCAAGAAGAACGCCCUGAACGAGCUGCAGGACAAGCUGAUGACGGUGCGCCUGCGGGAGGCCCAGGCCCAGGCGGAGCUCAGGGAGGUCAAGCUCAAAGCCGUGCAGCUGGACAGCCAGAACCAGAUUCAUAGCAAGCUGAUUGGCCGCAAUGAGCAGGAACGCUCCGCCCUCCAGGACAGGCUCCAUAUGCUGGCCAAUCAGAACAAGGGGCUCCAGACCCAGAUGAGUGAGAUGAAGAGGAAGCAGAGCGAGGCCGACUGCAAGAACAAAGAGGAGGUGAUGGCGGUACGGUUGAGAGAGGCCGACAGCAUGGCCGCCGUAGCAGAGCUCCGACAGAGGAUCUCUGACUUAGAAAUACAGAAGGAGGAGGGGCUUAUCCAGGGCCAGCUGAACAACUCAGACUCCAGGCAGUACAUCAGUCAGCUGAGAGACCAAAUCACAGAGCUCAAGAAUGAGGUCAGGCAGCUGCGUGGACUCAAGGCCCCCUGUGGUGGCGGCGUUGGAGGCACCAACUACCACCACCACCACCACCACCUCCACCACCACCACCCGGACCUGGUGGGCCUGGCCAGCCCGGCCUCGGCCGAGGGGGACUUCCUGAGCUCGGACGACGAGCUGCUGGCCAGCCCCGUCCCGCCCAACGCCCUGUUCCCCCCGCUGCCCUCCGCCCAUGACCCCCACCCCCUGGACAGCGAGGGCAGCACCGACAGCGAGGUGGAGGAGCGGUGUUUGCGGAUCGGGACCACCGCCACGGACCCCCAGCAGCAUCUGUACGGCAACAUGAUGUGCGCCGCGGAGGCCCUGGACAACUGAGAGAGGGCCCGGGGGGGCCGGGGGGGGGCAGGAGUACUUCUGGCAUGGAUUGAGAAAGAAGAGAGAAUGGCAGCAGGCCAGCUUGAGUCUCCAUUGGCUGUGGAAUGUGUGGUUGGCGUUUUCCUCAACCUUCAUCCACUUUGGUUUUGACUCUGACACACACAUACACACACACACACACACACACGACCGGUCAUUUACUGAUGGAAGGGGGGGGUUUCUUAUCAGGUGAUCAAGCAGCGAUGCAUGCUGGGAUAUGGCGCUGUCCGCAGUCUACGGUUCCCUCGCCCCCAUUGAGUGGCACGGAAAAGUGUUGGACGGGCUUUCUGACGACAAUGGACCGUCAGGUUUAUGAUGCGGGGAGCGGGGGGGGCAUACCCCAAUGACAGAAGUCGAGGGCUUGUCUUCCCUGCCCUUAACCCCCCCCUUCCUCCACCUCCCCUUCCUCCUAGUCGUCCUCUUCCUCCUCCUGCUCCUCCAACUCCUCCUAGAGAAGCUUCUACCGCCCAGAGAGGUGGACGUAGCAUUGCCGUCCCACUCAUGCAACACCCUCCGUCACUUCAGCUCCGUCUUCUGGUCCUGCUCUCCUAAACACACACACACUCACACAGACACACACACACACACACACACACACACACACACACACGCACACGCAUGCGCACAUACACACACACACACACAUACACACACACUCACAUUCUCUCUCAUACACUGUGUACAGCUGAACUAGGGAAAGGACCUGACUUUGUCUCUAUUCUUUGUCCGGGGCUUUGUCCACACCGAAGGACGAACACACGGCCCGCCAUGAGACCAUGGGGAUACAAACUCGUACACAAACGCACUCAUCAGGCUUUGUGUGUUGAUUGGUUCAACCCACCAGAUGGACCGAUGAAGCUGUUACUGUCGGAUCGGAUCAUGAGGAUGAUGUGGAUAAAUGGACUUGAUUAUAUGUACGACGGAAGUAUUUUGAACAUGCCAUUUGUUAAUAGUCUCAAAUCGCUCUCUCUCUCUCGCUCUCUCUCUCACACUCGGUCUCUCUCUUUUACUGUCUCUUUUUCUCUUUCUCUCUCUCUCUUUCCUUAUCUCUCUCUUUUGCUAUUUCUCUCUUUUGCUCUUUCCUUUUACCAAGCCGACUGAACCUGAGUCAGAGAGAUGGAGAGAAUGAGGGAGGGCAUACUUGAUAUCGUAGAGAUGUCAUUAGAUGGCAUUUAUAAAGAAGUAAUUUAUACUUUACCAUGCUUAAAGUGUUGUCUGUGUCCAUGCCUGGCAAAUGGAAAAGAAAGGCAAGCAAAUUACUACAAUGAUGCAUGUCAAAAAUAUCCAAUAUGACACAUAUUACAAUAACAACAAAGAAGAAGUUAAUGUUGCCAAAUGUUUUGAUUUAUUUUGUUUUCUUUUUUUCAGGUAUUUAUAUGUUGUAAUUUAUUUUGAUAUGUUUUAUUUUUUAUAUCUAUAAAUCUGUAUGAAAUAUUAUAUACCUACGAUGGCAGGGGGGGGCAACGCAUUGGUUCACCCCCCUCUGUCCUUUGUGCCAAUUGGUCCACAAGAGACUGCUGUUUGCAGGGUUACCAAGGAAACCCAUGUUAUGGUAACAGAUAGUGUGCUGCUAUGAUUUGUACUUUUUUGUGGUCUCUCAGUUUGAGGCAGAUAUGUUCCCCCGGAACCAACUACAGAACUAAAAAGAUGGAGACCCCUAAUCUAAGGAUUAGUCUAUUCUGGCUUGUCAUGGGUGUUGAGUGUGUGCGUUACAAUAUGUCAACAUAUCAUGCAUCAACAUAAUCUUUAUAGAGUAGGAUGUAAUGCAUAUGAACGCAUAGAUAACAGAGAACAUACAUAUUGUUAGGGGGUGGCAGGAAAAAAUAAUAUCAAUGAAUAUAUACCUAUCACUGUCAAUCCAGGGUUGUUUAAGGUUUAUUGAAGAUGCAAUUUGUGGAGAUGGUUUGUCAACAAGUCUGUUAAAUCUCGGAUGAUCAUGUUAAAAAGGGAACGUUAUCUGGAUUAAUGAUAACAACAGGCAACAAUUAUGAAAUGAAUCUGCACCCACCAUUGAACAACAGGUUUGUAACUGACUCUGGUUGCGGUUCAGAGAAGUACACAAUAUUCUAGGGAAAUAAGGAAACUACUAUUCCAGUUAAACCAACCACUACCCUAAAGAGGAUGUUGGCUUUUAGGAUUACACAUAACCACUACCUUUUGGUCACCCCCACUAGUCAAUGCAAUAUUAACGAAACUCCUCCUGGGUUUAAUUAUCAGAUAGAAACCUACAUUUUAUUACCUAUAUUUAUUGAUCUCAAUACAGUGGCUGAAUGGUAGUUGAUUAUAGUCAAAGGUCUGUUGUUUGUCUGUACUCUCUGCGUAAACGUAAGCGUCAUUGAAUCUGGACCAAGGUGUUCAGAAUUCGUGAAAAUGAAAUUACGAUUCAUGUUGAUUUUUGAUCAAAGAUUGAGUUUAAUCCUUUAAAGUUUCAACUCAAUCUAUUAUUUAUCCGCAAGGCUGAGAUCAGCCCUUAUGUAGACACGUGUUCUACCACCGUACAGUCAUGGUGCUCUUUACAAGAAGCAAAACACAACACCUGGAUAAACUGUGAUCAAGCAAAUUGACAUUUGUUAAUGAUGAGUGAACACUAUUUUGUUUAUUUCUCAUAACAGUGUUUGUCUAAUGAAAGGGACUAUGUCUUUCCUCCUGAAUACACACAGAUCAGCUUGUGGAAAAAACACUGCAGCUUUUGCUCCAGAACGCAGCUCUUAGUGUACACAUUCAGUUGCUCACCCUUUACCUCUAUGUACUCUCAAAGGUUUGACAUCAUUACCAGUGCCAUCCAUGGGCCAGAGUUGUACUGGGAUAUUUGAGGCACACCUUUUUGACUAUGUACAAAAAGGUUUUCAUAUAGUCUUCUGUAAACUGAAAUGUUAACUACUGGUGAUACUGUUCUCUCUGAAAGUUAUGUUGAGUCUAAAUCUACAAUCUUGACGCCAUUGCAAUGGUUACACCAAGUAUUGCAGGAACAGGAUGUAGAGGACUAUUGUGGACCAUUAAGUAUUCCUUAUUUUUCUUUAGACUAUGAGAAAGUGAAAUUAAUUUGGUUACUUUGCACCUUUUCUAUUGUUCAUCAGUGGGGGAAUGGCGCAAAACAACACAUCUGUCUUUGUAGAGACUCAAAAAGGAACUAUGAGGAUUAUAAAAGCAUUAACAGUAUUAGUCCAGCCAGCAAUUUGUUUCACCAAAACCAAAAUAACAACAGGCUUAAGACUAUGUCAUGUCCAUGCAUUUAUAACGGGUUGUAGGUUUAAAACGGUCAAAACAAAGACAGUCUGAUCGGUACAGUGAUGUACUCUACAUGAUACAGACAUUCGACACCCACCAUGUUUCCGCUCGCUUACAGAUCUGCAGAUGUUGUUGACCAGUAAAUAUAACUGGCAGUGAAAGCGAUAUAAAUAACAAAUGAAGGAGUGGAAUAAACUUUCAGUGUUCUGUAUCCCCUUCAUGAUACAAAAAUAAACUUUGACACUGCACAAUUGCAGAGGCGAUGCA